GCAGUUCAUGGUGGCUUUUCUCAAUGGUCCAACUGGUCUGGCUGUAGCCGGUCCUGUGCAGGAGGAGCUCAGCGUCGCUUUCGCACAUGCACCAAUCCCCCGCCCGAAAACGGAGGAAGAGAUUGUAGCGAACUGGGACGAGCUACAGACUUAAGAAAAUGUAACAAACAAGACUGCCCAGUUCAUGGUGGUUACUCGCAGUGGUCCUACUGGUCUCAGUGUACCAAGUCAUGUGGAUCGGGAACUCAGCGUCGCUCUCGUUCAUGUACUAAUCCCCCACCAGCUAACUGUGGACGAAAUUGUAGUGGACUGGGACUAGCUAAAGAAUUACAAAGAUGUAACACACACAGCUGCUCAGUUCACGGUGGCUACUCGCAGUGGUCUGAUUGGUCUCGUUGUAGCCAGUCUUGUGGGCGAGGAAAGGAAUACCGUAUUCGUUUCUGCACAAAUCCUUCGCCAGCGCACGGAGGACGCGAGUGCAGCAGCCUUGGAUCACCUACUGAGUUACGGACUUGUAACAUUCGGCAGUGUCUAGUUCACGGAGGCUACUCGCAAUGGUCCAGUUGGUCUCAUUGUAGUAAGUCUUGUGGUCUGGGAAGAAAAUACCAUUAUCGUUUCUGCACAAAUCCUUGGCCAGCAUACGGAGGACGAGGGUGUAGCAGCCUUGGCCUGCCUACAGAAACACAGACUUGUAACAUUCAGCGGUGCCCAGUUCAUGGUGGAUAUUCGCAAUGGUCUCAUUGGUCUCAGUGUAGCAGGUCAUGUGAUGGAGGAACUCAAAAUCAUGACCGUUCAUGCACCAACCCCCCGCCUACUAACGGAGGAAAAGACUGCAGCAGAAUGGGACGAGCUAACGAGUCACGGACAUGUAACACAUAUCGGUGCUCAGUGUCUCCAACAGCAUCUGUAACCCCUGGGGUAAUAUAUGGGAAUGUGGGUGAUUCUGCCACCUUUACCUGCACUGCUACUGGUAUUCCAACUCCAAACAUCACGUGGUAUAGAAGUGGCAAACAAGUUAGUGGUUAUGAAAUCAUCUCAGUCACUGCUAAUUCAUCACAGCUGACCAUAAAAAAAGUUACCUAUGCUGAUCAUGGUUACUACGAGUGUCGGGCCACUUCUAACAGAAUGAAACCUGCAAACGCUAGAUCCUUCCUUGGAGUUAUAACAGAUUUAGUUGGUGACUCGCUGUGGUCCUACUGGUCUCAGUGUACCAAGUCAUGUGGAUCGGGAACUCAGCGUCGCUCUCGUUCAUGCACCAAUCCCUUACCAGCAAACAGUGGACGGAAUUGCAGCGGACUGGGACAAGCCACGGAAUUGCAAAGAUGUAACACACACAACUGCCCGGUUCAUGGUGGAUACUCGCAGUGGUCUGUUUGGUCUCAGUGCAGUAAGACUUGUGGUUCAGGAAAGCAAUAUCGUUAUCGUUCCUGUACAAAUCCUCGGCCAGCAUACGGAGGACGAGUGUGUAACAGACUGGGACCAGCUAAAGAAUCACAGACGUGUAAUGAAUAUGAGCACCGCGGAUUUGGUUCAUUGGAGCUCUGUGAUAAAGUACACUUACCUCCAUGUUCACCUCAUCAGUGGAUACUGCGAUGCAAGUUUACAAAUUCGCUCUGCCGUAUUUAUUUCUCGACAUGCAGGGUUAACACAGCACGGAAAAAAAUUACAUGUGAUUCUGCAAUACACUCGUCUGGAAGCCUGGAAUGUUGCGAAGCUCGGUGCACUUAGCUUAGUGAGAAUGACUAACAGUUAACCUAGGCUUUAUCUUGCUGUUAAGAGAUUUAAUAUCAAUAGUUUGUUUAUUAGAAUGGCUACAAAAUGAAACUCUAUUUUUCGAAUUUUCCAGACAAUUGUUAUUAUUUUUAUCUAUAUAUGCAUAUGUCAAGGUUUUGGAAAACUAAGACAGGUUUUUGGGUGAGAUAUUUUUUUGGUUAAAAAGAAACUAUGAAUAACGAGAUUCGGUCGUGUUUCUUCUACGAGUUUGACAGCCACUCUUAGGGAAAAAAAUAAAUAUUCUACUAUCUUCAAGUCACUGAAAACUAUGAUUGCAACCUCUUGUGAUCUACGGACCUGAUUUACAUAAAUAGCUAGUUUUUUAUUAGAGUGUAAAAUAACCAAACUCGAUUUGAGGGACUUGGCCUUGACCAAUAUCCAGCCAUCUUGACCUCACACUUGGUCAAUAACCCAUAAAUCUAAGUGACCAUGUACCUCGGAUUAGGUUCGCGAAUCUCGAACGUUUUCUUCUUGGUAAGUACUGCAGGACGAAAAUUCAGAAAACAAAAAGAGAAUGGAAGCGACAGAGACAGCUAUACGUCUUCUCGCAAGACAAAACUGAGGAAUAGGAUGAGAAUCUCAACACAGAGAGUUAAGGUUUACUUACACAAGCUAAGCGACGUCAUUCAUAUCAGGGAUCCCAUUCAUUUAAGAACGUACUGUACCUACGGCUGGUUUGCUGGGAAGCUGAGUGUCAAUAGAAUGCAUCUGCCGUGUUAUCUGGACUGUCGCAUUCCUGCAUCCGCUUACUUUUGUCAAAACAAAUUUUACACCUCGCCAGACCAGAUAGUUAGCUGUCAACGACUAAAAUUAUUCGCAACUAUACUGAGUGUCUGAUAAAACCUGUCUACCAUUUUUAUACAACAUUGUUAUUAGUCUUGGAACAAAUCUGUUAAGGUCUAGACAUUUAAUUUCCGUUUACCUGUCUUCUUUCUUUCAAAUAAAGCAAA